ACAGUUUAUUGACAGUUUUUACGCAGUUGAAAAACCACCUAUUUCAGGUGGUAAAACCAUACCAUCCAAACCAUCAUAACACCACCUAAAAACGGUCUGACCGGCCUAAAAACAGGCAGUAAACUGCCCAUUAAUUGUCAGUUAACUGACAGUUAACUGGCAAUUAACUUGGUGAUUUUCAAUGUCCUGGGGAGUAUUAUAAAGAAUCGUAUCCUUCUGCUUAAAGACUGUUACUUUUUUUUUUGAAUAUUUUCGACUUAGUUUAUUACUGAAGUAUUAUCGACAAGUUCCUGUUCAGCUUUAACGGUAAUUAAGUUUUAAUUAUUCUUUUAAAUAAUUAGGAUGUCAGCUGUUGCUUCAUCAUCUGUUACUACCUUGUCUUCUACAGACACUUCACCUCUUCCUUUCGAAACCUAUCAUAUCACUAGGUGUUAUGAUACGUCUACAAAUUGAUUUAAUAGAUAUGAGAACUAGACCUGAUGUUGUUUCUGUAGACGUUGUUUAUUGUUGGAUAUUACAUUGUAUUGAUCAUUUUUCAAAAUUCACUUGGGUUUAUCCAUUAGAAAAUUAAUCAGCCAAAGAAGUAGUUGUAAAACUUCGUCAGUUAUUUUUUACUUUUGGUCCCCCACGUUUAUUACAUUUAGAUAAUGAAUCAGAAUUCGUUGCAAAGGUUAUUUUAGAACUAAAAACAGUUUUUCCUAAUUUGUGCUUUAUUCGUGGUCGUCCACGUCAUCCACAAUCGCAAGGAUGCAUAGAAAGGGCCAAUUGCGCCUUAACUUUAUCGUUAGAAAAGUGGUUACAAACAAAUGACACAAUACAUUGGUCAGAAGGUUUAUUGCCUGUAGUUUACGACAUCAAUACAAGAACAUCUGACACUACUAAAGCCAUACCCUACGAAAUCAUGUUUGAUCAGCAUCCUCGAAGUGAUUCCGAAUUUUGGAAAAUUGUAAAAGACCAAGAUAUUGUUGAUGAAGAAUAUUUACCUUCACCGAUUGAAAGUAUUCAGGAUAAUGAUGUUGAUAAAGAAAUUUGUUAG